CAUCACACUCUUCGUGCUCUCCGCCUCUCUAUCUCUGGUUCUUCUGAGUAUCUCUCAGAUCUCUUUCAUUUGAUCUGCAAUGGCUACUGUUAUCGGAUCGUCGACUUCCUUCGUCUCUCUCUCAUGCUCUCUCAAGCAAAACCAGGCACUAAACCGGGUCUCAAAAUUGAAUUCAGUGUCUCUUUGUGUUAAUGGAAAAGGCUUCCCAUCGCUCAAGUUGAGGCCAGCACCACUUCGCUUUCGGGUUUGCUGCGAAGCCAAACCACACACCGUGGACAAAGUGUGUCAAAUUGUGAGGAAGCAGCUUGCACUACCAGAUGACUCUGCAGUCACUGGAGAGUCAAAAUUUGCAGCACUUGGGGCUGAUUCUCUUGACACGGUUGAGAUUGUGAUGGGACUUGAGGAGGAAUUUGGGAUCUGCGUGGAAGAAGAAACUGCCCAGAGCAUCGCCACUGUUCAAGAUGCGGCAAAUAUGAUCGAGAAGCUCAUCGAGAAGAACUCUGCUUAAAAAUGGUCAAAGCGAAAAACCCAGCAAUUCGGAUUACCAAAGACAGUUCUUUUUAGUUGAAUAUUUAUCAAAACCUUUGUUGCACUUGGUUACGAUUAGCUUCAUCAAGAUGUUCUCUGUGCUUUUGUUUUUUCUUCAACAAAAGCCUAAUAAACAUGGUUCUGUGUCGGUUUGUUUUGUCAAACUUCAACCGAGAGUCUAUCUACAUGUGUCAUAUACUCUGUUAUGUAAUUGUUUUUGUUUUUAGCUACAACUGCUCUUUUUAAUGAUGGUAUUAUGGUCCUAUGAGAUGUGGUAGUGAUUCAUUGUUGCUAGUUAGAAUUAGCCGUCAGUCUUUGAGGUCGCCUUCAUUGCUUGACAGUAAAAUACUAGAUGUCGGAUUGUACACGGGAAUGAUAAUGUUGAGGCCAUCGAAGAUUUCAAGUUCGAAACAAAGGUGGUGUGCAGAUGUUUUUAAUUCAAUCUGACAACAUACGAG